AUGAUGAGGGUUUCAGAACCUAUACUGGACAUGGAUAUGGGAAACUACAGCGAAGUUUUGGAUCCAACUUACACAACUUUGGAGUUUGACACUAUGCAGAUUCUGUAUAAUUCCAAUGACAGUUCUGCCCCAGAGACUACAAGUAUGAAUACCACAGACAGUGGUGUCAACUGUCUAUGUGCCAUCUGUGGGGAUAGAGCAACAGGAAAGCAUUAUGGGGCAUCCAGCUGUGAUGGCUGCAAGGGGUUUUUCAGGCGCAGCAUUCGGAAAAGUCACGUUUAUUCCUGCAGGUUCAGUCGCCAAUGUGUUGUUGACAAGGACAAAAGGAAUCAAUGUAGAUACUGUCGAUUAAGAAAGUGUUUUAGAGCAGGAAUGAAAAAAGAAGCUGUUCAAAAUGAACGUGACAGAAUAAGUACCAGAAGAAGCACUUUUGAUGGCAGCAACAUUCCCUCCAUAAACACUCUGGCACAAGCUGAAGUUCGGUCUCGCCAGAUCUCAGUCCCUAGCCCCAGUGCAAAUACUGACAUAAACGUUAAGAAAAUUGCAAGCAUCAGUGACGUUUGUGAAUCUAUGAAGCAGCAGCUCUUAGUCCUGGUGGAAUGGGCCAAGUACAUCCCUGCCUUCUGUGAACUGCCCUUGGAUGACCAGGUGGCCCUGUUGAGAGCUCACGCUGGAGAACACUUACUGCUCGGAGCUACAAAGAGAUCCAUGAUAUAUAAAGAUAUUUUGCUUUUGGGAAACAACUACGUCAUCCACCGUAACAGUUGUGAAGUUGAAGUCAGCCGUGUGGCCAAUCGAGUCCUGGAUGAGCUGGUUAGACCAUUCCAAGAGAUCCAGAUAGAUGACAAUGAGUACGCAUGUUUGAAGGCCAUUGUGUUCUUUGACCCAGAUGCAAAGGGACUGAGUGACCCCGUGAAAAUUAAGAACAUGCGGUUCCAGGUGCAGAUCAGCCUGGAGGACUACAUCAAUGACCGGCAGUAUGACUCCCGAGGCAGGUUCGGAGAACUGCUCUUGCUGCUGCCAACACUGCAGAGCAUCACGUGGCAGAUGAUCGAGCAAAUUCAGUUUGUCAAACUCUUCGGCAUGGUCAAGAUUGACAACCUCCUUCAGGAAAUGCUACUGGGUGGUGCUGCCAAUGAUGGUAGCCAUCUCCAUCACCCAAUGCACCCACAUUUGUCUCAGGAUCCACUCACUGGGCAAACUAUACUUUUAGGUCCCAUGUCCACACUGGUUCACACAGACCAGAUCUCAACUCCAGAAACCCCACUCCCUUCCCCACCCCAGGGCUCUGGACAAGAACACUACAAAAUCACUGCAAACCAAGCUUCAGUCAUUUCACACCAGCCCCUCUCUAAACAAAAGCCCUUGUGA